GAAGCUUGAGGUUCACUUCAAAGUCAUUAAGCUGCUGGGGAGGAAAGGCAAGGCGAGCUGUCUGCACUAGGCAUGCUCCGCAGUGACUGCUUCAUGCAAGGCUGGGCUCGCUCACCAUAACGCAGAGCACAGAGGGAAGCAUGGGGGAGCCGCUUGAGCCUGUGGACUUGUGGAAUGCUGGGGGAAGCUUACUCACUAGGUCCAGCUACAAAGGAAAGGUGAUGGAUCCUGCUGGAGAGAGCUUUCUCGUGGCACAGCAGUGAGUGAAACCAGCACAACAUGUUCAGUGUGGAGGACCUCCUGAUUUCUCAUGGAUACAAAUUGUCCAAAAAUCCCUCUACUUCAUACGAGAACAGAAAUGAUGGAUACCAGCCUGAGAUUACAGAAAAUAGAACUAGUCGGGGAACGCUGAACGGGUUUGAGACAGACUCUGGAGCCUGCAUUUACAACAAGAAACCACUGGCAAAAGGCAACUUGAGCAGCAGUGAAGGCAGUCAUUGGAGCCAAGGGAGGCAUGCUGGUCCCGGGUACCACCCAGACCUCCGGGGUUUGUCCACUUUUCAUACUUCAGAAGGGGGGUUUUAUGACAGACAUCUGUUAGCAUGGUCUUCGGGGCCCAAGACUGAUAAAGAUCUGGCCUACUGGAGAAGAAGAGGACAAGACUUUAGCGUAUUACUGGGUUACACUGACAAAGGAGACUCUGAAAUGAAAGGAUUGGCACCACCCCAUGAGGUGUACAGACAUGCUAAAGAAAGUCAGCUGGAGGUCGGAGCAGGAACAGAGAGUGUGACAAGAAGUGGCUUGCAGGAGACCUGGAAAGUGCCUGGUGAUUACAAAUGGCAAAGUUUAAGAACAGAAAGCUGGAACCAACCUAAAAAAUUAGGAAGACAAAUGUCUGAUGGUGAUAGAGAGAAACUGCUUCAAGAUCUAUACUCCUUGAGCCUGGGAGACAAUGUACUUAGCUCCCAUAACAAAGGGAAAUCACAAUCAUUGCCAAGAGUUCUUUCACCAGAGACCAUGAAGUGUGUGGAAAUACCCACCCUGGUGAAUAAUCAUCACUUCCUAAGUGGAACUAAAGCACCCUCGGGUCCCCAAAACAGACUGCCUUUGGAAUUCACAAAACCCAGGGAAACACUUCUUCCUCUGGCCAAGCCCAAGUAUGGCAGACCCCUUAAACCUCCAUCCUAUGAACUGCACCGACAGAUGAGGGCACCUGUAGAAACCAGUGGCUUUCAGGACCACCAGCAAAUAGAUGAGCCCAUUUCAUAUUUAGCCAAAGGUAAUGAGCCGAAGCAAGACAUUUACAUUCCAGACUCUGGUUUAGAGCCCCCUGUCUAUAUACCACCUCCAUCUUACAAGUCCCCACCUCAGCCAAGUGUGAAUCAGUAUUCCUUCAAUGAAGUGCCUAACUAUGACUUGUGCUUUGACAACGGUCAGCAGCAUCCAGUAGAGAGGACCCUCAGCAGCCAUCGACCCUCCACUAGCACAUUGGAAACUGGGGGUGAACACUGCAAAGAUGACCACCUUCCUCAUGGAAAACAAAGCCAUUCCAGGCACACUGAUGACUACCUGAAUUCCAUUCAGUAUAUUCCUUUUGAUGAUCCUCGAAUACGGCAUAUUAAAAUAGCACAUCCCGAGAGCCACCAGAACAACACUAAACACUCUGAAAAUACAUGUAGGACCAAUCCUACUGCUUUGCAGGAGAGAACUAUCAAACUACAAUACAAUAGUGCCUUUUUGGAUCCAUCAAACUUACUAAAUACUGUAAAGGGUGAGAGAACGCCUGACAGCACCACACUUUGCAACAGGUGGUUGGCAGCAUCCAAUGGAGAUCAGGAAAACUGGGCCCUGCCUGACCAAAGAGACAGUGGUGACACAGAUAAUCACCCCCUUGAAAAUGAAACUAAUCAGGAGUACACAAAGGGCAACCUUUCUGUAAGAAACCCACAUAUGGAUAGCACCUGUGAGACUGUUACUAGAGUAAAAAAGUUUGAACCUGGAACUGGGAUGCAGAGCAAAAAGAGUUCAAAGAAAAAAAUGAAUGAAACUAUAUUUUGUUUGGUGUCCAUCCCAGUUAAAUCUGAAUCAAAUCUGCCAGAUACUGAUAGGAACAAUAACUUAACACAGACCCCUGAUAAGAAGAAUGAAUUUGAUAACAAUGGAGCUUUGCAAGAACAAAGUCUUUUAAGUAUGUCUUCCACUGACUUGGAGUUACAAGCUCUCACAGGAAGCAUGACCAAUAAAACUGAGUUACAAAAACAAGAGCUGUGGAAACCAGAGGAGUUCAAACAAAUGAAUGACCUCAGAUUUACUCAGCCUACAAAACACAGGGAACUCAAAUACUCUGGCUCUUGGCCAGGCGAUCAGUACAAAGACCAGCAAACACAGACCUGUUUCACUGAAGACCCUAAAAACUCACAAUUUUUCCAUGGUAUAAAACCUAGUGAACCAAAUAAUAAACUGAUGGCUCCAAAAUUCUUAGCCUGUACAACAUCUUUGGUUGGGUCAGAAGAGGCAGGUUUAUCCCCCGAUGACAGAAGAUGUAGGCAGAAUACAUACAAUAUGAAAGGUCAGAUGAACCUCAGUCCAUCCAGCAAUAGUGCAUUUUCAAGGACUGCCACCUCCGUAAUUCAGGUACAUUCACCAAAGGCAUACCAGAGCCAGCCUUAUGGGUCCUGCACAGCCAUGUCUACCCAGGAAAGGGAAACUGGCACAAUUCCCAGGGGUGAUGUGGCCAAGGGCAAAGCAAGUGCUCCCUGCAAGAAUAAAGAACUAUUUGGUCAGUUUCUCUUGAAACCUGUCGGUCGCCGUCCCUGGGAUGCAAUAAGUGAGUUAGAAAGUUUUAACAAGGAGCUCCAAGAACAGGAAGAAAGCACUAGUAGUGAAGAUGGCGCGGAGAGUGAGGGAACAAAGCAGGACUGUGUUCCUACAAAGAUAGGGACCUCCAGAACUGAUGAAUCAACCCAGGAACUCAGACCUUGUAAGCAGCUAAAAACUGUGGUACCAGAAGUUCCUAUAUUUAAACAAGGAAGAGUUAAAAGUAAGUCUGAAAGUUGGAGUACAGAGCUUAAGUCUGAUGAUCCACAUAUCUGUGCUGGAUCACAAAGCUCCUUGAAUGCAAAAGAGAGCAGUAGUUUAAUCAAGCCAGCAGAUGGAAGUGUGAUAACAGAAACAAGGAAGCAGGAAGCCAAGAACAGAACAAACAAACAGGGAGCAAGUUCAGGCCCAGUCAAUAGAGUUUUGUCCAGUAGUCCAAGUAAUGCAAAUCAGAGUAAUCCAUUCAAUCAUGCGGACUUAGAGGAGACAAAAGAAGAUAGAAAUUACAUAGCUAAUAUAUUCGAUUUUGUAAAACGGAACAAAAGCGCAACUCCCAGGAGUGAUAAACCUUUAGAGAGAGGAUCUAUAGUAAGAUUAUCUUUAACUAAUAGAAAUCAAGGUCAUUCUGAGCCAGAUUUGAGGUCUGUGGGACUGGAUAUUGACCCUGAACCAGGUGCUAACAACUCUGAUUUUUCUUCUAAUGCAAAUGCGAUGGAGAUCCCCCAAAAUGAGUCACUGCAGGCAAGAGCUGCAAGGAUUCUGGGUAUAGAGGUAGCAGUGGAGUCUCUAAUUCCUGGGGACAGAACUGGCCUCCACCAACACUCCAGCCCUGCAAAUAGAGGCCAGGAUCCUGAAUUUCCAGUAGGGAGAACAGUACGUGACAAAGUAGAAACAAAAGACAGCUCUUAUGAGGGCAGACGAAAGUGUGGCUGGACAGAAAGUUCUCUCUUUGUUGGAGAGAGAGACUUCCCAUUUUGGACUGGUGAAUACCAGAGCACUGACCAAGAAGCCAGAUCUAAAACUCUGGUAACUGAGCGAGGUUUUGAACAGCGUGCGGGUCUCAACAGGCAAGAUGAAGAUCCAGACCUGCCUUGCAAGUCUGUUACGCAUCAACUUGCUGAAAGAAACGUGAUCAUUCCGAGCUCGGAAAAAAAAGUUAGAAGCACCUCAAAGGUGAUUGAGACGUUACAAGGCAAACUUGCCUCUCCUCCUAGCCGAACAGUUAUGGAUCGUUUGGUGCGAAUGAAAGAGGUUGACUCGGUUUCCCGUAUGCGGCGUCUGAGUAUCAAGAGUGCAGAUUCAGGGGAGGAAGUAGAUGAGGAGAAACCAUCAAGGGUACAAGAGGAGAGAGGAAGCUAUGCGCCACUCAGCAGUAAUGAACUCUCUCGCAAAAUGGUGCACACAGGUGCUGUUUCCAAGCGCGUGAUCUCUCUUGACGAAAAUGGACACGUAACUACGAUAGGCAAGAAGAAGGCUGACCGAGAUUUUUGUUUAGAUAUGUACGAUCCCUCCAGGGUUGAAAGGGUGUGAGCUGAACACAGAUGAGAAUCUAGAGACGUCUGCUCUCCUAAGAAUGUUUUGCUGAUUUUGCUCUGUGUUUUAACACUUGGAAAUUGCCUCCAUUUGUGGUGUUUAUGAUAUUCUGAUAAAGCCUUUACCACUGCCAGUAGGAAAUUAGGUAUUCACACAUAUCUGCUUUGCGGAGAUCACAGAAAACUCUGACUCUUACUUGGAUACCAUCUGUUUUUUGUAGCAUUAAGACUUAAUGCCUACACUUGGCAAAGAGUUUUUAUCUAAACGAUGUUUAACAGUCUUCAGCUGGGAUGGUAAACUCACUGUGGCUAGGCUUUGGAGCUUAUUCUUCUGUGUGCAUUGAAACACAGGAGAUUAGUAAAAUGCUUUUAAAGGAAUGUGAAUUUAUAAGCUAAACUUCUGAAUCUCUAAAGCCCAAACUCUGCAUAAGUUGAGGAAUCUCUGGCCAUAAGACAUGAGGGGUGUGUGUGUGUGUGUGUGUGUAGGGGAGGUGGGAGGGAUGCUUUGGCAUGAAUGCAAGACAAGGCGAAUGAAUAUUGAUUUAUUGUGAAAUCAGUUUGGACUUCCACAGUUUGAAUUAAUUUUCAUUAAAUACUUAUUUGCCACAUGUAGAGAAAAUAAAAGCAAAUUCCCCAAACCUCCUAAAAGAUCAAGACUUUUGUAGUACAGUGUACAGAACAUGUAAUUACAGUAGCUGGCAACUAAAUGUUUUGAACCAAUGCAAACAAUACCACUGGCUGUUUUGCACUCAGUAUUAUCUAUUUGUGUUUUGCUGUUUAGAAAUUCUUUAUAUGACACAAUAAUUGCUGGUUUAAAAUAGCCCAUUUUAACAAAGUUAACUAUAUUUCUUGUUACAGAAUACUGUCUAUUUUUCUACGAUGUAAACAAUUAAGUGGCCAGUAUAAAGAAGUAUUAUUAUUAUUAUUAUAUUUUAAGAAGAAUAAUUCUUUUGACAGAAGACAGACCAAGGAGGAGUCACUUAUAUAUCUUAAUGCACAUUCCAUAUGGCCUCAUAUCCAGUACUGCCACUUUCUUUUGUUGGGAAAAGAACAAUCAGUAUAUAUGUAUGUGUGUGGAGUACAGGGUUAAUUUCUACAAUUUUCCACUCAACUGUUGGAUUGUUCUUUUUGGAGCAACUCUUUGGAGAACACAGCUGAGAACCGUCCGUGCUGGUAUUGCUGCCAUAACAUUCCACUGACUGUAAUUACCAAAAAGUGGGGUUGGAGCCCUGUCUCGGUGUCUGUGAGCAGCUCUGAUAAAGUACCUGGGUUUGUUUGUUAAACAGUUUUUAUGCGGUGUGGUUUUGAAUUAGGCUAGUGUAUGAAAAUAAAUAAAUCUGGGUCAAAUUCAUCCUUGGAGCCAGUGGGCAUCACCGAAGGGGGUGGACAGAUUUGGACUGCGUCUUUGUGACAUUCAAAUAUAUGGCUUUUUCAACAAAAAUUAAAGAGGAUAUAAAAAGGCCUGUACAUUCUGCUGUGUUUAAUACUGAAUUAACCUGCACAAUGUUUCUGUGCUGUUAAAGCCUUUCUGUCCACUUCUGUGGGUUUUUUAAAGUGUUGUUGUUUGCUGACAUUCUUUUGACAAUUUAUCCAUGAAUUUCAAGGGCUUUGUUACUGGCCAUUCUUGUUUUGUAGAACCACCUUAUCUUUUAAACAUUUCAAAUUCCUGAAAUAUAAAUUUUUGGGUGGUCCGUGAGUUGGCAAAAACAGACCAAAAACACAUACUGUGCUUUGGCAGCAAGACUUUCUUAUCUGUAACACAUGAUUCGGUUACACAGGAACUUCAUGGGAUUUUUAAAAGUUUGUGACACAUGCAAAGAAAAUGUGAUUGUAUCACUGAUUGAAUAGAAUCUUGCAGACUUUCUCCAGCUCAGCGUGUGAACAAUCUGUAUCCAUAAGGCUUUCCCAUCACCAAACUCCUUUCAAAAUCUCGUCAUGUUAUUGCCAGUGCCAGUGCAAUGACUCCACCUUCAGGAAGAAGGUGAGAGCCCCAAAUCCCGAGACACUUUUCUCCUGUCAGGGGAAGAAGGGUAAGUAGUGAGCUUCCGCAGCUCCUUUCCAGGCUUCUCCCUAUUGUUCACUCCCUUGCCAACCACAAACAAUGGGGAGUCGGGCUGGUUCCUAGCCUAUGGAGGGAUGCAGUGGGCAGACCCUCUAUUCCCACAUGUUGUUCUGCGGAAGCCAGCAGGGUUGUCUGCAGGCCUCAGCACUCACUCGCACAGAUCCAUCCUUCUGCGGGACUGGGGUUCGUUUGCGGUUUACAUUUUCCUUUAAAGAAUCACUACUUUUCUAGCGCAGGUUCCAGACCUUGCCGAGGGGAGGAGUUGGGGACAGGAGCGUGUGGCCUUGAUUUAGGAAAGUAUGUGCUUAGACUCCAAUUACUUCAAGGGGACCUAUCUGGAAAAAAGUCUGUUAAUGGCCAAAGAAAUCUGGCAAUUGAAAUGCCCAGCCAUGUACUUGCAUGAGUGCUCACCCAGCCAUUAAAUUAACUCAGAACACCCUUUCUAGGAGUAACAAAUACCGUCAUUUAGCCUUCACAAGCUCAGGUCAUUCAAUGCAAAGAUCAAGGUAGAUUGUACCAGCGGGGUCGUCUGUGAGUCAGACAUCCGUAUCCUGUACAGGGCCACCAAGCUCCCUCAAUUUAGAUCCAGUGGGGAGACUUCCAAGUAGUGCAGAGUCAUUAGAGGUAAGUACACUGCUUCAUACGCUACAGCACCCAACCAACCUUGGGAAAAAAGUGAUUGUUUAAAAUUUACAAGUAAUACAAAUAAUAUGUCAAGUUUGUGCCUAUCUGAAAAUCUCCAGUCCGGCAGGCUUGUUUAUAUAUAAAUAUCUCAAUUUAGUAAAAAGGCUUUUGCUUCUUCAAUGUGCUAAGUUGACAGUAAUAUAUAUGGUCAGUGUUCCACUGCCUUGGAAGCACAUGCAGCCUGCUGACUGAGGGGUUUCUAGUGCUGGCACUUAUGCUGGGAAUAGAAAUUUAAUGUUUGCUGUGCUUCGCUUUCAUUAGGAGUAGGACUGAACUCCUCCAUACCAGGUGUAGGGGGAGAGGAGAAAGAGGGUGAGUGUGGAGGGCAGGAAGAAGGUAAAGUUAUUUUGCAUUACUAAUUGUGAAUAGUAGAAGAUCCUUCAACUGUACACUGGCUGCUGCAGCUCAGAUUCCGAUCUCCCAGGUUAAGCUGGUAUAACUGGAAACAGACUCUUUCCUUGAUGGGACCCAAGAGGCAAGUGGAGGCAUGAGCUAAACUGCAGCAUAAGCUGGGUUUAAUGGAAUGGAGAGAUUUGGUAGAUUGUCUGUGGAUCAUGGUCCAUAAACUGAUUGUUUCUGCAACAGCCGGUUUCUUCUAGGUUGGGCUCAACUGCUCUCCAUAAUUUGGUUAUAUAGACACCAGGGCCAUGAUAUAGCAGCCCUUAUUAAUUGGCAUAAGCUUUACUCAUGUGAGGAGCCCCACUGAUUUAAUUGAGAUUACACUGAAGGGUGUGAGUUUACAGGCUCAUGCCUGCAAACCCACAGACAAUGGCUACAUUGCUGAAGUCAUUAGAACACUGUUAAGGAGGUUGAAAUGCUAGAACAUUAUUUGCAAUUUAAUUCUCUUAUUUCCAACUCACAUGAAAAUAUUCACCAGAAGCCUCAGUGUGGGAGUAAAUCAAAGCUGUUUAUCCUAAUGACUAUUUAAAAUAAAUUGUUUGAAACAUAGAAAAAGAUGAAUCCCGAUGUCCCUAUUAAACCCAAAAUCCACAAUGCUCACUACCACCCAUCUGCCAACUGUUUGCAUCCACCUCCCAGUGCUACAGAGCAGGGAGAGGGGGGAAAAGAACACAAAGUCUGAAGUGACCAACACAGAGCAGAGAAAAGAAAUAAAAAAAUGAAAUUUCCCAGGAACAUAAAGAUUAUACAAUAAAUGAGGAACAUUCCACCCUAGACAGUAGAAAGCCUAGCUGUCCAACUCUCCACUGGUUGAAAAACUAACCAGAAACAUCCCACAAGUAAUUCCUAAACUGGGCAGAAAACAAGGAGAUGUAAAAUACAGACAGUAUGCUUCAGUGUGCGUGUGUGGGUCUUUACGUAAAAUGGGAAGUAUUUCUAGAGAGCGCUUCAACAUGUGGGUCAUCUCCAUUGCCAACAAUAAGUCAUUGCCAUUGAUCUCUGCUCUAAAUAGGCCAAGAGGGGAUUCAGAGGGAUAAAGGGAGGAAACAGGGGUAAGCAACGACAAUAAUAUUUGUAUAAUAUCACAGGAUGAAUGUCUUUAAGGACUUCUUUGUAUUUUUCUGCACAAUGUAAACACUGUUUCCAUGCUACCAUGUAAGUCAGGUGGCGCUGUUGGCCAAUAGACAUUGUCCAAAUAAAGGUUUUGCAUGAACAU